UGGUGUGGUUUCAAAACACUCGCGCCACUCACUGGCGUCACGGAAGCGAAACGUGUAUUCAGAAUUAGACAACUGACCUACAAUAAACCCGUGACCGCUGCAAUAUUCGUUGCCCAUGCAGCAUUUACAGUUGGGUUCAUUUACAGUCAGAUAUUACUGUACAGGACUCUUUGUUCGGGAGGACGUGGUUCGGUGAAGUUUGGUGUUUAUGUUGUGAUUUGCAGACAUGCAGUCGCCAAACAGAUCAACAGCCUCCAGCAGCGCCCCGCCAAGAUACGCUUUCAUAGAUUUCAUGGACGUGGGCAGCACAAUGAGUUUAUCACAAGAACUUGCAAAUUUAACAGAAGAUGCCGGACAGGAGCUGGAGGCAGAGGGGAAUGUUCUGUUUGGCUCAAUUCAAGGCUUAAUUGUUGGUUUACGAUACUACACUGGAGCGGUCAAUAAAGGAGAGAUGGUGUCCUUGGUGAGAGAGCCGCACAAUCCCUAUGACCGAAAUGCAGUGAUGGUUGCCAAUGUGUAUGGCAGUCAGGUGGGGCACAUCAAGAAAGAGUUGGCAGCUGCAAUGGCCUACAUUAUGGACAACAAACUGGCCAGGGUGGAGGGGAUUGUGCCCUAUGGGGAGAAAAAUAAGUUCUCAAUGCCUGUGAUCCUCACCUUCUGGGGUAAACAGGAGAACAGGGAGGUUGUGAAUAAUCUGAUGAUACGUUUUGGUUUCAAUCUGGACUUCAGAGGAGGUUCUUCACAAACAUCUCUGGGUAGAGAUCUGCUUGGAUUAUCCCAAAAAAUAUCUGCAAUUCCUUUGACUGCUGAAGAGCUGAAAAAUGCCUUUGACAAGCUAUUUGAUGAUUUAAUGGAGGAUAAAACGAAAGAAAUGGAGCCAGCAGAGGCAGUGUGUACUCCUCUGCUGUCCCAUCAGAAGCAGGCCCUCUCGUGGAUGAGCUCUCGUGAAAACAGCAAUGAUCUGCCCCCGUUCUGGGAGGAGGACAAAGGCCUCUACUUCAAUGUUCUCACUAACUUUGCUGUGAAGCAGAGGCCAGAGAAAGUGCUUGGAGGGAUUUUGGCUGAUGAUAUGGGGCUGGGGAAAACUCUUACAACUAUUGCCUUGAUAGUUUCGAAUUUUCGCAAUGGGAAGCCUCUACCACUGGAAAGAUGUGAAGAACCAUACAUGACUUCUGCUAAGAGAAAGAAGGCAACCUUAAAAGAGAAACAUGUAGACAAUGAAGAAUCUCAGGAAUCAGUGGAUUUAUCCCAAUUAAAAAGACUGCAUGAUGACACUGAGAAAAAUGGACCUAAAAAGAAAGCAAAAACCACAAAGAAAAAGUCUACCAGCACCAAGAAAGCAGUGGUUCUGCUGGAUGAUGUGGAAUUCGCUGCCGCUUUGGAGUGCAGUUCCUCACAGGUUGUGCCUGCAAAAAAGAGUGUAAAGAAGAGAUCUGUACCAUCUGGAAGCAGUGUAGGCUCUGGGGCCAGAGCCACUUUAAUUGUAUGUCCACUGUCUGUCCUUAGCAACUGGCUGGACCAGUUUGAGCAACAUAUCCGAACAGAUGUCAGAGUAAAAGUGUACCUGUACUAUGGUUCUGAGCGCAACAGAUCAGUCAGCCUUUUGUCGGAACAAGAUGUGGUUCUCACAACAUACAAUGUGCUGUCCUCUGAUUACGGAAACAAAGCCAGCAGUCCUCUGCACAAUGUAAAGUGGCUGAGGGUGGUGCUGGAUGAGGGUCACGUCGUCAGAAACCCCAAUGCUCUUCAGAGCAAAGCUGUACUGGAGCUCCAGUCAGAGCGCAGGUGGAUCCUGUCAGGAACCCCCAUUCAGAACUCUCUGAAGGAUCUGUUCAUGCUGCUGUCCUUCUUGAAGCUGAAGCCGUUUGAUGUGAAGGAGUGGUGGAGCAGAAUCAUUCAGAGGCCUGUGACCAUGGGGGACAGAGUUGGGCUGAAGAACUUGCAAGCGCUGGUGAAGGGCAUCACGCUGAGGCGGACUAAGAACAGUAAAGUGGGCGGACGGGCGUUGGUUCAGCUACCAGAGCGGAGAGUGUUUGUGCAGUAUGUGACUCUUUCUGAGACGGAGAGAGAAGAGUAUGAACGGGUCAAGAGGGAGGGCAGGAAUAUCGUCGGCAGAUAUUUCCAAGAGGGAACGUUCAUGGCAAACUAUGCUGAUGUGUUGACCAUCCUGAUGCGUCUGAGGCAGUGCUGCUGCCACCCCAGUCUGGUGGGCAAUUACACAGCGGCAGAUGUUCCUGGGACUCCCAGUGAGCUGCGGGAACGUCUGAUCCAGAAGAUCACAUUAGUGCUGAACUCGGGCUCAGAUGAGGAGUGUGCCAUCUGCCUGGACUCCCUCCGUCAGCCCGUCAUCACCUACUGUGCUCAUGUGUUCUGCAGACCCUGCAUCUGUGAGGUCAUCCGCUCGGAGAAGGAGCAGGCCAAGUGUCCUCUGUGCCGAGCUCAAAUCAAGACCAAAGAACUAGUGGAGUAUCCUGGAGAACAAGCGGAGGCUCGGUCAGACACUGGAGAGAACUGGAGAUCAAGCUCCAAAGCGCUCGCUUUGAUGAGCAACCUGUUGAAACUCCGCAAUGAAGAUCCCACUGUCAAGAGUAUGGUGGUCUCUCAGUUCACCAGGUUUCUAGAUGUCCUUGAGGUCGCCUUGAGGGAAUAUGGCUUCUCUUUCACUCGCCUGGACGGCUCUCUGAUGCAGAGGGCCAGAGCAAAGGCCAUCGAGGACUUUCAAGACUCCACUCCAGGAAGCCCCACCAUAAUGUUACUAUCACUCAAAGCUGGAGGCGUUGGGCUUAAUCUGACGGCAGCUUCCCAAGUCUUCAUGAUGGAUCCUGCCUGGAAUCCUGCGGCUGAAGAUCAGUGUGUCGACAGAUGUCAUAGACUGGGCCAGAGCAGAGAUGUGGUGAUCACUAAGUUUAUCGUGAAAAACUCAGUGGAGGAGAACAUGGUGAAGAUUCAGAAAAAGAAGCAGGAGCUGGUGGAUAAAGCUUUUGGAGUGAAAAACCCACAGGAUGCAAAACAGGCACGGAUAGAUGAUAUUAGAGCACUCAUGGAGCUUUAAUUUUUCUGCUAACACCAUGGGCCAGUCAUUUAUUACAACAAAUCCUUUGAAGACACUUUUUCUUUUUUUUUUUUUUUUCUUUUAAACUACUUUAUAUGCGGUUUGUCAACAGGAUUAUCUGGACAAUAUCUAACAGUUGUUCAAUGAGUCUUUACAAUAAAUCAUUUUGGUGCAUGAAAGAUCAAACUUGUUCAGAGUAGUUAAUGGGACUCCUAUUAGUAGUUUAUUUCAGAUGUUACAAGUGUGGAGGAAGAAAAAAAAAAAAAAAAAGUUACAAGUCAACUUCAAAAUUACUACUAUUGGCUGUAACCAGGUGCAGUAAAUUUCUUGUGCCUUAUUCCUGGUACAGGGAAUGAGCAUACGGAGUGACCUUAGUUCUCACACUAAGAGUUGCUGUUGUGCAGAGCCAGAAAUGAUCAUUUAAGAAAGAUGGCAGCACACUAGUUGUCUUGUAAACAACAUCAUUGCAAAAUGCGGCCAGUAGAUAAUCUUGAAGGUGUGUUUUAAAUAUUUGGGACAUUUAUAAGGUUUGGUAUGAUAUUGUGUGCUGUAUUUUAUUUUUUCAAAAUGUUUCUGAUCUUUCAAAAACAAGGCAAAAAGGAAGACCUGAAUGCUGUAAGACCAUAACCAUGUUAUGGCAUAUUGAACAAGAAAAAGAUAGCAGUAGUGUAUUUUUCAGGGAGAUCAGAAACAUUGUGUCAAUGUCUGGUGCAAUCAGAGCACAGUGUGGAAGAGGUUAAGUGCAUAGAUGAUUUGGACGGUAUAAAAAACAAAAUCCACAAUAAUUUCUCCAAAUGUUGUUUUAUGGCCUGUACAUGCAUACUCCAGUACAAAACUAGAUCUGAUCAUCUAGAUCUCACUUAAGGAAGGAAUCUAGCUUUUU